AUGGAACGAGUCGAGCGCGAGCAUGGUGCCAAGAAGCACAAGCUGGGCGUCGUUUCCGGCGUCUAUGUGCCUGUCUGCCUCAGCAUCUUGAGCAUUCUCAUGUUCCUGCGGUUUGGCAGCAUCCUUGGACAGAUCGGCCUCUUGGGCAUGCUCGGUCUCUUCGUCGUGUCAUAUCUCGUCGAUUUUGUGACAGCACUGUCCCUCUCGGCUGUCGCUUCAAACGGCGAGGUUAAGGGCGGUGGCACUUAUUAUCUCAUCUCUCGGUCCUUGGGACCCGAGUUCGGCGGCUCCAUCGGCCUCUUGUUCUACCUCUCCCAAGUGCUCAAUACCGCACUCAACGUCGUCGGUCUCAUCGACUGCAUCGACCUCAGUUUCGACUCGCUUGUGCCACACGGCUACUGGUGGGGCUACUUUUCUCAGACCGUCGUUUUGGUCAUCUGCACAUCGCUAUGCUUCGCCGGCAGCGCCCUCUUUGCCAAGGCGAGCAAUGGCCUUCUUGUAGUCCUUGCCAUCGCAACCCUGAGCAUUCCUCUGUCCGUGCUCGUUCGCAAGCCCUUUACAGACCCAGUGAGCGGCGUUGAGUUCACAGGCAUGCGGCUGGCCACGCUCCGGUCCAACCUCUUCCCCCAUUCUGGAGAGGACUUUGCCUUCCGUGGUCUGCACACAUUUCGGGACCUGUUUGGCAUCCUGUUCCCUGCUACGUCUGGCAUCUUUGCCGGUGCAUCGAUGUCGGGUGAUCUCCGGAAUCCGAGCAAUUCCAUCCCGGCCGGCACCCUCUGGGCCAUGGCCUCUACACUUUCCUUAUAUCUCAUCGUGAUUAUGUCACUAGCCUCCAGCACAACGCACAUGUCGCUCUUAACGCAGCCGAACAUCAUCAAGGAAACAAGCUUAUGGGCACCUAUCAUUUUGGCUGGCGAAUGCGCAGUGACAUUCUUCUCUGCCUUAAUGGGUCUUAUCGGAGCGUCCAAGCUGAUGCAGGCUCUUGGUAGAGACAAGCUGCUGCCUGGUCUGUCUGUGUUUGCGUGGGGCACGGAAAAACACGACGAACCUCUUCUUGCUCUCCUCGUGACGUACGCAAUUGCCCAGCUGGCGCUCUUUGCCAACCUCAACCAAAUCGCCACCUUCAUUUCCAUGGGCUACAUGGUGACAUUUUUUGUCAUGAACCUGGCUUGCUUCUUGCUCAAGAUUGGGUCCGCACCCAAUUUUCGGCCGGCUUUCAAGUUCUUCAGUUGGCAAACGGCCCUGCUUGGCAGUGUUAUGUCGGCCGCUGCCAUGUUCUUUAUUGACGAAACCUAUGCUACCUCGUCUGUCGUUUUGCUUGUGAUGCUUUUCUUGCUGAUCCACUAUCUCUGCCCGCCAAAACGCUGGGGUGAUGUCUCGCAAAAUCUAAUCUAUCACCAGGUCCGCAAAUACUUGCUCCGUUUGAAGCCCGAGCACAUCAAAUUCUGGCGGCCUCAGAUCAUUCUAUUGACCAACGACCCCCGUCGACAAACUCGCCUUAUCCAAUUCUGCAACUCGAUGAAGAAGGGCGGCCUCUAUAUCCUAGGCCACGUCAUCGUCACGGAUGACUUCACGACAGGCGUCCUGGAAGCCAAGCUACAGCAGACUUUGUGGUCGCAGUACAUCACCGAGUAUUCUCGCAUCAAGGCCUUCGUUCAGCUGACCAUGUCGCCGUCGAUCACAUGGGGCGCACGAAAUCUCAUCUUGGCAAGUGGCCUGGGUGGCAUGCGCCCGAAUAUUGCUGUUUUGGGAUUCUACAACAUGGACGAACUCCGCUCGACAAAUCCUGUCCUAAGGAUUCCAGAACUGCCAUUGUCUGAUGCGGCAGCCAUUCCGGCAGGACGAGCCACAGGAACGGCAACAGAUCUGCCGUCGAAGGUCAGCAAUACAGCGGUCAUCCGGCCACGACGGCGCCGUGGUGAUACUACAUCUAGGAUUCUGGAAGGCGUCCUGCCAACAGAUGUGAUCAAGACGGAAGGCAUGAUGAAGGCCACCGAAUAUCUCACCAUUCUAGAAGAUCUGGCCUUGCGGCACCGCAUCAAUGUUGCUGUUGCCAAGGGAUUCCACAGCCUGGAGACGCCGCGGACAGACGGGACUAACACGAAGAAGUACAUCGACCUGUGGCCCAUUCAAAUGUCAGCAGAGCUCGAAGCCGAUGGCAAGAGCGUCCUAACAACAAACUUUGAUACUCUACGCGUCAUGGUAUUUGUUGAGUACGAAAAUGAAGUCGAGGAAGAACGUGGAAGAGUAGAAGCGCUCCUUGAAAAGCUACGCAUCACUGCCGAGGUACAUGUAUUUUGGCUGGCAAGCGGUGAUUUGGCCACCUACGAAGCCAUUGUCCAAGGCGACGCCGACCCAUCCAUUGAAAAAAUUGUGGAUGAUGUAUUGGGGGCCUCUUUGUGGUGGUCAAAGCUACAAGAAAUCCGUGGAAAAGGAACGCCGCGGCCAAACAGCGGGAAUGAUGACGGCUCUUCAGUCGCAAAUUGGAAGGACGACGUACGCAGGCGACGUCCAAGCAUAGCGCACAUCGAAGAGCUGCAAAAGCACCAGACUGUGUCAGCCCUGGCUCGCUUUGGCGUGAGCUUGGGUAUCCGCACACAGAACCUUGCCGGGCAGCAGCCUGCUUAUCCACACUAUAAUCGCGACGAUAACGGUGACGAGUAUAGCAGUGCGAUCAGUGACAACAGUUCCACGUCCGAUGAAGAAGAUUUUAACGCCACCGACUUCAACGAUGUUGAGAGUGCGGCUACCGAAGGCGACAUGGACGAUGUGGACGACGAAUCAGAUGCGAUUCGUCGUCCGCUUCUGGCGGCACCUGAUCGCAGAAAAAGCCACGGCGAUGCAUUCGCCCAGAGACCAACAUUGCGCCGCAAAAAGACAGACGAGUCAAAGCGUGCAAAGCAGUCAACGUCUACAUCGACGGCCCCAUCCUCACUUACGCCUGCUUUCAUGCCAUCGCUCAACACCGCUUCCGAUCGCACCUACGGCACGAUGUCAACCCCAGCGCUGUCUUCAGUCAGUAGCCAGUCUGGCGAAGACAAGUCUCGACAGCAUCAAGACACCUCCUCGUUGACGGUGUAUGGCAAACCACCGCCAACAUCGUCGUCGUCUAUACGCUUCUCGAGCAAUAUUGUGCCAGAAACUCGAAUUACGAAUCCCGAAGACUCGGGUCGCACAAUCAUGUUUGCUGAGAUAUCGGAGUCGAAUCGGCCAGAACGUCCGCCCUUUUCGCGGACAAAUUCGCGACAAAGCCGAGUUAGUCUCGCAGAAUCCGCGACGAAGAAACGUUCCAAGGCAGCGACGCCACGACCAUCCGUCUCGUUUGCUGAGCCAGAAAGAGAUUCGUCCGCACAACAAGAGCAGCGACCGCAUCGUCCUCUCCUCUCACGACAUUCGUCAACGCCAGUCGUGCAGCGUGCAUCCUUCACCGAGAACGACUUGGGAGAAGAAAAUGGCGGCGGCGACGUUCGCAUCGGCAUCACGCACCUGUUGGCCGACUACAAGUCCCGGCAGCGUGUCAAUAGUACCGCCAGCGGUAAAAGUAGCGGUAGCAAUGACAGCACCGACGACAGGAGUGGAACUGGCUCAAGUUAUUCUACUCAGGACUUGGCCCUGUCGUUCAACGAUCUACCAUGCCGAGCACAACACCUAAUCUUGAACGAGUUGAUGCGACAGCAGAGCGGCGAAAGCGACGAUCUGUCAGGCGGUGCUGCAGUCUUAUUUACAACGUUGCCGAUUCCAGACGAAGGCACCCAUCGGGACGAGAGUGCCAGCGUGCAGUAUUUAUCAGAUGUCGAGCUGCUCUGCCAGGGGCUGCCUCCAGUGCUCAUGAUUCUGAGCAACAACAUGACGGUCACGGUCAGCCUCUAG